UCGAAUGUUUAGGUUGGUACUACCUGCAUUCUAACUAAUUCUAGUUAUUUAGCCUCCAUCAAUUUGGUAUCAGUUUGACGUACGCUCUCGAAGAGCAUUUUUCCUCAUAGCUUUUUCAAUAAAUUUCGGUGGUUUGAAGACGUUCCGGCCACAGGUUCACGUCCUCACAACAACGGAUCGUCCGUCGUAAAUGCCAGCGAACGGUUCACAAUGAUCGUAGAGAACACAGACGCGUUCCGUACGUGGUUAACAGCUGUUCUGCGACCGAUAUGCGACGCGGAUCCAGGAGCUUUGGCCAAAUACGUGUUGGCGCUCAUUAAGAAGGACAAGAGUCCGGAGGAGUUGAGGAUCAGCAUGAUCGACCAGUUGGACGUUUUCCUCGAAAGCGAGACAAAAAACUUCGUUAAUUUGGUGUUCCACACAUUGGACAGCAAAGACUACAUAACGACACCGGUGAUACCUAACGCAAACCCGCCCAAUCCGAACGUAGCCAAGCCCCCAGUGAAAGAUCCUGCCAAAGUGAUAGUGUCACCAAAUGAGCUGCCCAACUUGAACGACGCAGUUAAUGGGGGCGCCGUAAAACGCGACUUAGAACAGAGACGUGGCGACAGGGACGGGAGGAAAAACGCCGAGCCCGACAAGGAUGAGAAGGUGAGGCGCAGGAGCAGACACAGAUCAUUGUCCAGGAAUAGGUCAAGGACACGUUCUCGGUCGUGGGACAGAUCAAAGCGGUCCAGGUCGAGGGAAAAGUCGCGGGAUAGGGACCAGUAUAAGAGAGAGAGAGGACGGGUGUGGCGCAACAAGUCACCCCCCAGACGGUACGAUCGGAGGCGAUCGCGUACCCCGUCUCCCACGAGGCUUCGUUCAAGAUCUCGGAGUCCUCGCCACUCCCACAGAAGAUAUAGACGCGGCUCGUUGAGCCGAAGCAGGUCGCGAACGCCGGACAAGCGCGAGCGCCGCGACUCGGCUAAGGAGGGCAAGGAGCACUCCAGACCGGGCACGCCCACCCAAGACUCCAACCACGGCGACAUGGACAUGCGCCUGACUACCAGCACGCAGAGCGUCGCCAGCGUAGUCGUGCAACAGGGCAACAAGCGUCGUUGCCGUGACUUCGACGAAAAGGGCUACUGCAUGCGGGGCGAGAUGUGCCUGUUCGAUCACGGAGUCGAUCCCGUGGUCCUCGAGGACGCCGGCCUCGGCGUGCUGGCCUACGAUCCAAACGGUGUGCCAGCGACGACGGAAGGGGCGGCAGUGCCGCCGCCCCCGCUGUUGAACGCCGGCGCACCGAGGGCGGCGAUGCCGGAAUACAACCCGCAGGCGCCGCACUUGUGGGGAGCGCGUGGCGGGUACAGAGGCGGGCGAGGCGGCGGCGGCGUUAGACCUCCGAAUCCUGGUGCCUUUUUGCAAGGGAACAUGCAGAGGGAACUGAUAUCGGUGCCGGUCAUGGACAACAACAAGCCAGCCGAUAAUCAAUACAACUACAACCAGGGCUUCAACAACCACGAUAACGGGGGUAAUCAUUUCAACAACAAGAGGAAGAUGUUCGAUUUUAACAGGCUGGGCGGCGCCAGAUCCAACAAGUACUCGGGCAAUUGUUCCCUCGAAUUGAAAAAGGUGCCAGUCGGCAUGAACAGUAUCACCCACUUGAACAAUCAUUUCGGCAAGUUCGGCAAAAUUGUCAACAUUCAGGUGCAGUAUGAGGGCGAUCCAGAAGCUGCACUAGUCACUUUUUCUAGUCAUGCUGAGGCACACGUGGCGUACCGCAGCACUGAAGCAGUCCUGAACAACCGUUUCAUCAAGGUGUUUUGGCACAACUCUCCCGCCGGUGGCGUCGGGCCUUCAGCUCCAGGUUCCGACCCCAACAAGCAGGAGAAUGUGCCACCCACUGCGGUACCCGCACGUAACGUCAAAGAACGUCUCGGUGCCGGUCAGGGAGCCACCAAUCCAAACAAGGUACUAAAUCCAGUGCAACCUAGGGCGGAAGGUGCGCCCCCGUCAGAGACCGCAGAAGUUGAAAAGGAUUCAACAUCUGAGAAGGAGACAUUGAGUAAAGAGGAAUCAAAGGCCCAGGCGCAGGCGGCCAUUAAACGCAACCAAGAACUGCUGGCUGCCAAAGAGAAGCUGCGCAAAAACUCUGAAAAUCAGAAGAAAGACAUGAUGAAAAUCAAAAACGAUUUGCGCAAAAAGAAACAGGAACUCCUCGACAAGCAGUUGCUACAACAGAAACGUCUCAUCGCCAAAAUGGAGAAACUCCCAGCCGGAGCCUCACGCGAUGUGAUAAAAGAAACGCUGAAAAAGAGCCAGGAAUCGAUCGAGGCUAUCAAAAAAGAUCUGGAACAGUGCACACCCGCAACUGUACCGUUCGUGACGAAGCAACGCACCAAGGAGGAGGCUCAGCGUGAACUCCUUGACAUGGAACUGGACCUCAUCGCCAAGCAACAAGAGGGACAAGACACCACUGAGCUGAUGAAGAAACUGCAGGAUCUGAGGGCCAGAGUUUCCUGUGCCAGAGGUGGAGCCCGAGGAAGGGGACGUGGACGUUACGUACCGGUCAGCAGGCAUCUGUUGAGUAAAAACAAUCUGAUCGAUAACAAAUCUAAAAUUACUAAGCCUUCAUUGGCGAAACAGUCCUUCCAAAAGCACACCUUGGAUCACAGGCCCACUAGGCUUUUGGUGUCCGGCUACGAAAGCGAGGAGCAGGAGAGCGUUCUGGCUCACUUUCAGCAAUACGGGGAGAUCGUAGAUUAUGUGACCGACAGCACUUUGCCUAGCAUCACAUUGAAUUUUAAGCUUAGGAAGGAGGCGGAAAUUGCCAUGCUAAAGGGCAAACAUUUUCAAGAUCGUACUUUGUCGGUGACUUGGUGUAACUCACCAGUUGGCACUGCCAGCCGCAAUUCACUGACGACGAACAGGACCGUUCUGGUUUCUGAAUCCGAGGAGGAUCAGCUGAUGGAUUCCAACUUGUUGGAGGGCGACGAUGACGUUGGAGCUCAUGAGAUUUCGGAGAUCUCUGAGGAGGCGUUGCUGCACGACGACGAGGAGGAGGACGAGGAAAAUGAAGACCGUUCUUGGAGACGAUAGUAGACGAGGACUUCUGUACAAAGCACCUUUCAUUGAAACAUUUUUAUUACUUUGAAUUUAUUGGGGACCUAGUCUCCUAGUUUUUUGUUAAGUAUUGUAUAAACUAAAAAGAUUAUUGUAAGAUUUACAUUUACAAGUGUGAACUAAGAAUCUGUUUUAAAUUUAUCUCGCUUUUUGCAUGAGCUUAUCGCGCAGUCGGACAGUUACAGAAAUGGAUUUUUAGUACAUCCGUUUAAUUUUUAUAAUGUAAGAUGUUUAAAAUAAGAAAAGAUUGGGUGCCCCUUUACACCAAAAAAAAGUAUAUUGAUAUUAAAAAAAAAAAGAUGCACUAAAAAAUUUGAUUGACAAAAGAAUGUUAAAAAAAUAUAUUGUAUAUUUUAUUAAAUAUAUAUUAGAAACAAAUUUAAAAAGGGGCACCAAAAUAAAAAGAAAA